CAACUGCAGCCACCUUCUUCAACCUCUCUCUACCGUUUUCCAUCAAUGGACCCAAAAGAAGUCAAGUCCGACUUGGUUUUGAUUCUGGACUUUGGCUCGCAAUACACCCAUCUUAUCACUCGCCGGAUUCGGAGCCUCUCUGUUUUUUCUCUUUGUAUUUCGGGGACUUCUCCGCUCAAGGCCAUCACUGAUCUCAAUCCACAAGUCGUUAUUCUCUCUGGUGGACCUCACUCUGUCCAUGCUAGCGACUCGCCGAGUUUCGCUGCUGGGUUCGUCGAGUGGGCGGAGGCGAACGGGGUUUUUGUUUUGGGUAUUUGUUAUGGGCUUCAGUUGAUUGUGCAGAGGUUGGGAGGUGUGGUGAAGGUUGGGGAGAAGCAGGAGUAUGGGAGAAUGGAGAUUGUGGUGGAGAAGGCUAAAGGGUUGUUUGGGACUAAGAAGGUUGGGGACAGGCAAGCUGUUUGGAUGAGCCAUGGUGAUGAGGUGGCGAAACUUCCUGAGGGGUUUGAAGUGGUGGCGAGGAGUCAACAAGGGUCCGUCGCGGCUGUGGAAAAUCAUUCAAAGAAGUUCUUUGGGUUACAGUAUCAUCCAGAGGUUACUCAUUCACCAGAAGGAAUGGAAACGUUGCGUUAUUUUCUCUUUGAUGUCUGUGGAAUUACCGCUAGCUGGAAGAUGGAGAAUAUACUAGAUGAAGAAAUUAAAGUAAUCAAAGAAACUGUUGGUCCAGAUGCUCACGUCAUAUGUGCAUUAUCAGGAGGUGUGGAUUCAACCGUUGCUGCAACUCUUGUUCAUAAGGCAAUUGGGGAAAGGCUUCACUGUGUUUUUGUUGACAAUGGUUUAUUAAGGUACAGAAUUUGAUUUUAUGUCCUGAAUGUG